GGCAAAUUUAAGGCAGUUGUGAGAGUUCAUCCCCAAGCAGCAGCGGUACAUUAUAAAGUGAUUAAUAGUUAGUACAUAGAUAGACACAUAUAGAGAUGGCUGUAAAGAUGGAAGGCGCCUCGCCGCCCGUUUUCGAGCAAAUUUUCCGGAAUGCGCGCUUCGCGCAGGGCGGCAACGCACUUUUCGAGGGCAAAGUUGCUGGCUCUCCUAGGCCUCAGGUUGUCUGGACACGCCAAGGUCUUCAGAUGACAGGGAAUGAGAAGCAUCAAAUGGCCUACGAAGAAACUACAGGAAAGGUAUCGCUGCUGAUAAAAAGUAUUGGACCGGGGGAUGAAGGAGAAUAUACUUGCACUGCAUUAAACCCCUACGGAGAGGCGAUCUGCACUGUUUACAUCUCACCAGAGGCAACUAAACAGGUCAAGAAAAGCCGAUCUGGGCAUAAGCUGCAUAAAAGCAAAUCUGGACAUGACCAACAAAUGGUACUGCAGCAACAGCAACAACAACAAAUGCAACAUCAGCAAAUGCAAGUGCAACAACAACAACAAUUCUCACAACAAGCUGUCCAACAAUCUUUCCAACAAUCCAGCUCUUCUGCUCAACAAUCAUUUCAACAAUCCAGCUCACAACAACAAUCUUUCCAACAAUCCUCUAGCGUCCAACAAUCUUUUCAAAAAGCUUCUAGUUUCCAGCAAUCUUCUAGCGUUCAACAAGCCUCUAGCAUCCAGCAGGCCUCUAGCUUCCAACAAGCUUCUAGCUUUCAGCAAUCAUCUAGUGUUCAACAAUCAUCCAGCUUUCAAUCAUCAGCAGUCAAACAACAACAACAACAAUCUAUGCUAACUAGUGAUGAUCCAGAGGAUCAAGCCUUGGCUCCUAAAUUCCUGUCAACAGCUGCUGACAUCUCGUGUUCGGAAGGGGACCAGGUCCGUUUGACCUGCCGAGUAGCUGGACGGCCAGACCCAGAGAUAUUCUGGUAUAAGGCGGGUCAGCUUAUAACCCAGGAUACCAGACACAAGGUGAUAAUAAACGAACAGGGGUAUCAUGCUCUCCUGCUUUGCUCUGCUACCCUGCAGGACGCAGGAGAAGUUGCUUGUAUCGCUAGAAACAGGAGCGGAGAAGCGUCCUUUACGUGCUCACUGAAAGUAAAUGCACGGGAAGCACGCAUUGCGCCUAACUUUAGUGAGAAGCUAGCGAGCUCCAGGGUCAGCUCAGGAGAAAAGGUUGUGCUUAGGGUCGCAGCUACAGGUCAACCUAUUCCUGGCCUAGCUUGGCAGAAGGACGGAUACACACUCCGACAUGGUCCUGGAGUAACUAUAUCCGAGGAUGGGGAGGGACGGGGCUGGGUAGAGCUCUGUCCCGCCUCCUCUGGCUGGUAUCAAUGCACCGCCUACAAUACGGCGGGUAGCUGUGCAACCAGAGCUAGAGUAGUGGUGGACCCGCCUCCUAUCCCGCCAAUGGGCGUGGCUCAACAACCUAAGAUUAUUCUCCCCGCUCAUUCAAGAACUAUUUUGCCUGAGAAGGAGCCUGAACAGGAGGUGAUCUAUCUUAAACAUGUUGAACGUCAAAACCAGCAGGAGAGAAAGGAGGAGGUUAUCAAUAGGUAUCCUGCCCCUACGGUUAUGUCUGGUUUGAGGGACGUGAACGUCAACGAAGGGGAGAGAGCCCAUUUCGAGGCCAAGGUCGGCCCCGUGGGUGACCCUAGCAUGGUUGUGGAGUGGUAUUUCAACGGUUCUAUCAUCACUGCUAGUUCACGAGUAAACACUGCUUGUCAGUUUGGAUACGUCUCUAUGGACAUGUUAAACUCUACUGUAUCUGAUAGCGGGGAGUACACCUGCAUUAUCAAGACUGACUCUGGGUCCGUCAAGUGCAGCUGCAGGCUUAAUGUCAGUGCUCGUAAGGAGAUAGAGAGUGAGAGUCAUAGUUCAAGUCUUAGGAUGGUUCAGGAGACAGUUCAAACACAACAGGUUGUUAUUGAAGAAGAGGUCGUAUCUGCUCCUAAAUUUACCAGAAAACUGCAGAAUAUCAAGGAUAAACAGGAGGGAUCAGCAAUUAAACUGGAGGCUCAGGUAAAUCCAACCUCAGACAGCUCCAUGAAAAUUGACUGGUUCAAGGAUGGACGUCCUAUCACCGCUAGCUCAAGAAUUGGAACUAUCUUUAGCUUCGGAUAUGUCUCACUCACAAUCUCCGAUCUGAGGGCGGAAGACAGUGGAACCUACACCUGCCGUGCUACCAACAAGGCUGGAGAAGAUAUGACCCAAGCCACGGUAGAGAUCAGAGCCUCCACUACCCUGACAGCCUCCACUGGACUGGAGGAGCAGUAUGCAUAUAUUCAGAAGACAGAACAGCUUGAACAGUAUCAAGCCUCUAAGCUCUCCAAGACUGAAGUUAUCUAUGAGCAACCAACACAAGCUCCUGAGUUUAAAACUAACAUAAAAGAUCAGGUUGAGGUUAAAGAAGGUGGUUUUGCCCACUUUGAGGCAAGACUGGAGCCAAUGGGAGAUCACUCUAUGAAGGUUGAAUGGUUUAAGGAUGGAAAACCUGUUGAAGCCAGCUCAAGAAUAACAUCUUUUUUUAACUUUGGAUAUGUUGCUCUGACUGUAAAACAGGUUGCUAUGCAUGAUCAAGGAACCUAUACCUGUAUUGCAACCAACUGCCUUGGUAGAGCAGAAACUCAAGCCAAGCUUAGAACCGUCACCAAAGCAGAAUCUGAAUUCCAGAGCAAAUCCUGGGAAAGUGUUCAGAAACUGGAAACUAGACAAAUGGAGACUAAAAUGGAGUUCCAACAGGAGGUCACAUCUUCUCCUAGAUUUGUUUCCACUCUCAAGGGAACCAACGUCAUCCUUGAAGGUCAAAAGGCACAUUUUGAAUGUAGGAUCGAACCCCAGAAUGAUCCCAAGCUUCAAAUUCAGUGGUACUUCAAUGGUCAGGUUCUCUCUGCUUCUAGCAGAAUUCAGACCUUCCAUGAUUUUGGUUAUGUUGCCCUUGACAUCAAUAACGUUAAAAAGGAAGACUCUGGUUCUUAUACUCUUGUUGCUACAAAUGUGCUUGGAACAGAAAAGGCAACUGUAGAGCUCCGUGUUGAUGCACAUGCUACAGUAGACUACACUUCUCUGCACUCCAAGGCUGUUCAUGAGACCCAAAGGUUUGAGAUGAAACAGGAGGUCAGGCAUGAGAUCCAAGAGGUCACCUCCACUGGACCUCCUGUGUUCAAGACCACCCUAGUAGAUCCUGGAACCGUUAGCGAAGGUAAAAACAUUCAUCUAGAGGCUAGACUUGAACCCAUCGGAGACCCAUCCAUGAAGGUGGAGUGGUUCUUCAACGGACGACCAUUGACCAUUGGAUCCCGAUUCAAGACCUACAACGACUUUGGAUUCAUUGCGCUUGAUAUCCUUGGUGUAACUGGACUAGAUCAAGGACAGUAUGUUUGCCGUGCCACCAACAAGCUUGGCGAAUGCGCCACCAGUGCCAAUGUAAACGUGAUGGUGAAGAGCAGCGUGAUUACAGAAACUGAGAAUGAGACUGCAAUGCAACAAAUUAACUAUCUUGAAACUGAAAAGGUUACUCUGAGAUCCGAAGAGGAGGCUGUAAAAGCUGCGCCUACCUUUACUAAGCCUUUGAAGAACGUGGAGGCCCCAGAAGGACAGAAUAUUCACCUGGAGGCUAGGCUGACUCCAACCGGAGAUUCUACUAUGAGGGUGGAAUGGACAGUAAAUGGGAAACCACUUAAAACUGGACAUCGUUUCCGUCCUGCCUAUGAUUUCGACUAUGUUGCCCUGGACCUGUUGAGCGUUUACCCGGAGGACUCUGGCGUGUACACCUGCCACGCCAGGAACGCCUACGGAGAAGCCGUCUCCUCUGCCACUAUCAAGAUUUUUGAGUUGAGCCAGUUGAAAAUGGACAGCCUGGCCUACUCUAGUAUGAACCAACUUGAAGCCGUAGAAGCAAGAUCUGCCAACUCACAGAGUCAUAAACUAGCAUUUGAGGAGGAUAUUGAACAAUUUGUUAGUCCUCAAUUCAUCCAUAAACCUCGUAGCCUCGACAACCUCAUUGAGGGACAAAAUGCCCAUUUCGAGGCCAAGCUUGAACCCAUUGCUGAUCCCAACCUUCGUGUGGAGUGGUUUCUGGACGGAAGGCCGGUCACCAUAGGACAUAGGUUCCGGCCGAUCCAUGAUUUCGGAUACGUAGCCCUAGACAUUGUUGGGCUUAUUUCCGAAGAUUCCGGAACCUACACCUGCAGGGCAACUAAUAAUGUUGGAUCCUGUGAAUGUCAGGUCACCCUGAACUGUAAAAGCAAUAUUACAACUACAAAGAUGUCAAGUCAGUCCCAGGUAGUUGCUGAGUCAAGAACUGAGAUGUCACAGUUCCAAUACCUGGAGAAGAAAUCAGCAACAAGGAUUCAGACAGAAGAAGAGACAACAGCUCAAGCUCCUGUUUUCACAACUUCUCCUAAAUCUAGCGAAGUGAAAGAAGGACAGAAAGCCCAUUUUGAGGCAAGAAUCAUUCCUGUCUCUGACCCAACCCUUAAGGUUGAAUGGUUCUUGAAUGGUCAGCCCAUCAAACAAGGGUCCAGGUUCCGCGAAGGACAUGAUUUCGGUUUUGUUUCCCUUGAUAUAUCUCAUGUUCUGCCUGAGGAUGCCGGCCAGUACAGCUGCCGGGCAACCAAUGGUCUAGGACAAGCAGUCUGCUCCUGCAACCUCAAUGUGAAGGCCAGGGAAACUAUUGUAAAGGAGACUAUUCAUGAGUCUGCUCUGCAGCAGAUUAACUACCUGGAGUCUCAGAGGACUACCCAGACACAGGAGGAGGGUCUUACCACCCAGGCUCCUGUCUUUACCGUACAGAUGAGAGAUGUCCAAGUCAUUGAAGGAGCUCCUGCUCACUUUGAGGCCAAACUUGUUCCCAUUGGAGAUCCUAAACUUAGAGUAGAAUGGUUGUUGGAUGGUAAACCUAUUGAAGCCUCUAAUAGAAUGUCUACUCUUCAUGAUUUUGGAUUUGUUGCAAUGGAUCUCAAGUAUACCAGGCCAUCCGAUUCUGGCAGAUAUUCCAUCCGGGCUGUUAACAGUCUUGGAGAAGCAACAAUUUCUGCUAAUCUGGCUGUUCUCUCUUCAAAGAACGGAGCUGAUAUGGAGAGCCUGCAUGGAGAUGCUCUCUCCAAAAUUGCUUAUCUGGAGAGAAACAAGGCAAGAGCUGCCCUUAAUGAAGAUGAAGUUGUUAUUUCAGCGCCGAGCUUUACUGCUAAGCUUCAGGGCAAAACACAGCUGCUGGAAGGGCAAAAUGCUCACUUUGAGUGCAGAAUUGACCCUUACCCAGAUCCUUCAUUAAAGGUGGAAUGGCUGUUCAAUGGUAAAUCUCUUCCCUAUGGCAACAGAUGGAGAACUAGCUAUGAUUUUGGAUUUGCCGCCCUUGAUAUCAUUGGUUGCUAUGCCCAAGAUUCAGGAACUUACACCAUCAGAGCUACCAAUGCUCUUGGGACAGCGGAGUCUAGUGUUAAUGUCACAAUUGCAACUGGUAAAGGACUUCUUCUAGAGAGUGAACACUCCGAAGCUUUGAGCAAGAUCAAGUACCUUGAAUCCAAGCACCAGAGAACUGCUGAAGAAGAGCUUGCUGCUCCAGAACCACCUCAGUUUGGACAUCCCUUGAAGAACAUUCACUUGGAUGAGGGACAACCGGCCCAUUUUGAAACUACACUUACCCCGGUCAAUGAUGCCUCCAUGAAAGUUGAGUGGCUAUUCAAUGGUAAACCUGUAGCACAAGGCCACAGGUUCAGAACAACUUAUGAUUUUGGAUUUGUUGCACUUGACAUUCUAUAUGCCUACCCUGAGGACAGUGGUACUUAUACUUGUGUUGCCAAGAAUGUUCUUGGUACUACACAGACUCAGUGUACUCUGGAAGUAUCUGGAAAGUCUGGACUUCUCCUGGAUACUAUGGAUAGAGACAGACUAAACCAACUGAGAAACCUUGAGCAUAAGGAAAGGCAUAGAGUUGAUGAAAUUGACGCUCCUAUUAGCAAGCCUGUGUUCACUACACCUCUGAAUAACGUGGACAAUGCUGUUGAGAGUGGACAUGUUCACCUAGAGUGCAGACUUGAACCAGUCAAUGAUCCAAACCUUAGAGUUGAAUGGUUCAUCAAUGAAAAAGCAGUAAAGACUGGACAUAGGUUCAGAACCACUCAUGACUUUGGGUUUGUCGCGCUGGAUAUCCUUGGGGCAUAUGCUGAAGACUCUGGAACCUAUAUGUGCAAGGCAACCAACAAGUUGGGAGAAGCAGUCAACACUGGAUCCGUAACAGUUUCAGCUCGUAAAGGACUCUUAUUGGAUUCUCAGCAUCCCGAGGGUUGGGAGAAGAUGAGAGAACUGGAAUCUAGACGCCGUGUUGCAAGACUGGAGGUGGAAGAACCUGAAAUCACAGCUCCUAAGUUUUUAACCCAACUCCAGGGUAUAACUACAUUAGAGGAGGGACAAUCUGCUCAUUUUGAAGCUAAGAUUGAACCUCUUCAUGAUCCUACACUUAGAGUUGAAUUCUUCCACAAUGGAAAAGCUUUGCAACAAGCAUCUAGAAUCCAUACAGUCUGUGACUUUGGAUAUGUCGCUCUGGAUAUUGGAAAGCUUGUGUCUGCUGAUAGUGGCGAAUAUGUCUGUAAAGCCUUCAAUGCUCUUGGAGAGGCAAGAUCUGUUGUCAAUGUCAGCAUUGCUGCCAAGGGCUCACUUGAUCUCUCGUCCCAGAGACCUGAGGGAUUAGACAAGAUCAAGCAGCUAGAGAGCAGGGGUAGGAAUGCUAAAGAGGAAGAGAUCACAACCUUUCAGAAGCCUGUUUUCACAACUGCUCUUCAGAACGUGGUUAAAUCUGAAAAUCAGUCCGCACACCUUGCAGCUCGUCUCAUCCCAGUUGGAGAUACUUCUCUCACAGUGGAAUGGUACAAGGAUGGCAAGAUUUUGGAGACUGGAUCGAGAAUAAACUAUGUAAAUGACUUUGGUCACAUAUCUCUGGAUAUAACUGGUUUGAGAGAAUCUGAUAAUGGCGUGUAUGAAUGCCGCGCUAACAACAGCUUAGGGAAUGCAAUUACAACAGCUUCUAUAACUGUUCACAGCAAAGGUUCCUUGAUCCUUGACUCCCAACAUCCCAAGGGAAUGCAGAAAAUCACAGCUCUAGAGUCUGCUAAGGUACAACGCCAGGAGUCUGAGAUUGGAGAAGGGUUUGGAAAACCGGUUUUUACAAGUCCGCUCUUCGGAUCAGCUGAUGUUGAAGAAGGGAAGAACGCACACAUGGAGUGCCGAGUAGUGCCAGUAGGAGAUCCAGACAUGAUAUUUGAGUGGACUAAGAACGGAGAAAGCCUGAACAUGGGAUCAAGAGUUCAGGCCUCUCAUGAUUUUGGAUUUGUAACCCUGGACAUUAUGAAAUGUGUUCCGGAGGAUUCUGGAAUGUAUGUUGUAACGGCAAAGAACUUUGCAGGAGAUUCAUCUUCUUCCUUUGCCCUCCAUGUUGGUAACCAGCACGGUAUCAUGGCGGAAACAAUGCACCCGGAGUCCUAUAAGAAGCUUGUUGCUCUUGAGAAAAUGAAGGAUCAACCUCACAUUGAAAUCACCGAGGCUGGGCCGAACCAACCUCCGGUCUUUAUGGUUCCACUCGAGGACGUUGGUCUUGUGCCUGAAGGACAAAAAGUACAUGUUGAGGCUAAAGUUGAGCCCAAGAAUGAUCCUAAACUAAGGAUUGAAUGGGAGCUGAAUGGCAAGGUUUUAUCUACAGGAUCUCGUAUUAAGACCUCCCAUGAGUUUGGUGUGGUUACACUGGAUAUUGACUCCAUUAGAAGCAGUGAUAUUGGUAUCUACACCUGUAAAGCAAUCAAUCUAAAUGGUGAAGCAACAUCAACCACCAGCAUCAAAGUUAAAGAAGGUGGUUGGCUCCAAGGUGGAACCCACCAUCAAGGAGCUCUGGAUAAGAUUAGAGACCUGGAGAACCCUCGACCUAAACUCUCCGAACCUGAACCUGUUAAAUACGAUCAUCCAACCUUUACGGAGCAUCUAAACAACAUAGUAGUUCAGGAGAGUGGAAAUGUAGUUUUCCAAUGUAAAGUUGAACCCGCUCAGGAUCCUACAAUAAAAAUAGAUUGGAUGCUUAAUGGUGGUCCUCUACCUAGUGGAACCAAGUUUAUUCCUUCCUUUGAAUUUGGAGUUGUUAAAUUGGUGAUAGAAGAUGCACUGUUGAAAGAUGCUGGAAUGUUUAAGUGUACAGCAACUAAUAACAAGGGUAUUGCUUCCACCUCUGGAACUCUUAAAGUUCAGACUGAAGGAGGUAGCGGAGUAGCUUCAGAAGGACUUCAUCCAUCAGGAAAAGCUGGACUUGAUGCCAUUCAGAAAAUGGAGCUUGAAGCUUCUCUAAAGCUGGCUGGAGAUAAAGCAGUGGAAGAGGAAGACUUACAUGCUCCCCGAUUUACCACCGAUCUACCCGCAGAAGUUAACUUGCAAUCUGAGAUGGAUUUGAACCUGGAAUGUUGCAUAGAACCUAAAAAUGAUUCAACACUAAAGAUUGACUGGUAUCAUAAUGGGUUACCACUGAGUACAGGAACACGAAUUAGAGCCACAUCAGAUUUUGGUUUUGUCAACCUCUCAAUAAAUGGUAUGACUUCAAGAGAUGCUGGUCUGUAUACAUGCAAAGCAACCAACAAGCUUGGAGAAGCUGUCACAUUUACCAAAGUGAAUGUUCAAGAAACUGCUUUUGGGGUUGAUUUUUCAAGCCAACAUCCCAGAGGUUCUGAGGCUUUGAACUCAUUUACAGGAGUUGAAGCUAAGGGUAUUCUGCGCGAUGAAGAGGAAAAGGUGGAUGAAAUAAUACCUCCGAGAUUUGUGACUAACUUUGAGAAUGCUGAACUUGGGCAAGGUUCUGUGGGACACUUUGAAGCACAACUAGAACCAAGAAAUGAAAACAUGACACUGGAAUGGUUCUUAGACGGGAAACCAUUAAAAGAAAGUUCAAGGUUUAAGUCAGUUCAUGCUUUUGGUUUGGUUAUUUUUGAAAUAAUGGGAAUAAGAAAAAAAGAUCAGGGUAAAUACACCUGCAGUGCACAGAACAAAGCUGGAAAAGCUGAAUCGUCAUUUGAUCUUAAAUAUUCCAAUGAGAAGGAGAAACUUGCUCCAACCUUUACAACACAACUAAAGGACGUUCUCAAGUUGAAAGAUGGUAUGUCAGCACACUUUGAAUGCCGAGUUACACCUGCUAAUGAUCCAAAUCUGAGGAUUGAAUGGAAAUUUAAUGGAACUCCAUUAAACUCCUCCAGUAGAAUAAAGACUGUUUCUGAUUUUGGAUUUGUAAUGUUGGAUAUAGCUGGGGUAGAUUCCAGGGAUAGUGGGGAGUAUAUUUGCACUGCAAUAAAUAAGUUUGGCAGUGAUACAACAAGAGCAGUUUUGGGUUGCGAGGGAUCAUCCGGAGUGUUUACACAAUCACUUCGUCCAGAGGCUCUGGAUAAAUUACGUUCCCUUGAGACUGAUGAGGGUCCCAGCAAUAUUCCCGGAGCAGCUGAAAUUGGUCCUCCUAAGUUCCUAACCCAAGUAGCCUCCAGUAUUGAAAUAUCUGAGGGACAGAGUGCUCAUUUUGAGGCCCGUCUUACUCCCACUGAAGAUCCUAACAUGAAGGUUGAGUGGUUUAAAAAUGGAACUCCACUUCCAACUGGUCACAGAUUCAGAACCUUCCAUGACUUUGGUAUUGUCAUCCUUGAUAUUCUCUACUGUUAUGGAGAAGAUUCUGGAACUUAUGAAUGCCGUGCAACCAACAAGCUGGGUUCUGACUCCACCAAGGGCAGUGUGACCUGCAGUGAGAAGUCUGGGCUGAUUUUAACUCCACAGGUUCCCGGAGACAUGAAGGAGCAAACUCUGGAGAGAAUUCAGCACCUGGAGUCCCACAAGAUGAAGUUUAGCUCUGAGAGCCAAUCUGCAUCUGCAACAGCUCCUAGAUUCACCUCGCCCAUUGCCAACAUCAGCAGUUUGAAAGAAGGGGAAAAUGCUCACUUUGAAGGACGUCUUCUACCUACAGAUGAUCCCAACAUGACUGUGGAAUGGUUCUGGAAUGGCAAGGCACUAAAGGCUGGAUCUCGUAUUAGGACUUUCUGCGAUUUUGGUUUUGUGAUUCUAGAAAUUUCUCCAGUGUACCCAGAAGAUGCGGGAGAGUACACAUGCAGAGCUAAGAAUGCUCUUGGAGAAGCUGUGACAACAGCAACACUGUCCUGCUCUGGGAAAAGAAAUAUCAUUCUUGACUCUCAGCUUCCAUCAGGAAUGGAAGGAGCCAUGGAAAGAAUUGCUCAACUUGAAGGGCUUGGAAGAGCCCGUGGAGAAACACAAUCUGAGGAAGAUCUCAAUCAGCCUCCAGAGUUUUUGAGCCAGCUCCAGGAUCUACUCUUGGGAGAGAAUGCUCUUGCCCACUUUGAGACAAGGUUAACUCCUAUCAAUGAUCCCAGCAUGAGGGUUGAAUGGUACCACAAUGGAAAACAGCUCAGUGCUGGAUCUAGAAUCAAAACCAUUAAUGAUUUUGGAUUUGUCAUUCUUGAGGUUGCAAAUGUCUUGACAAGAGAUACCGGAAACUAUACUUGCAAAGCUACCAACAGACAUGGAGAAUCCAGUGUAUCCUGUCAGGUUCAGAUCAAGAGCAAACAAGGAAUAGAUACAAAUCCUCAGCUCCCCAAGAGCUUCCAGAGUGGAACAGAAUCCAUUCAUAACCUUGAGGAGAGAAUGUGGAAGAGGGAGGAUAUCUCUCAUGAAGAGCUGGAAACCAAAGCCCCUGUAUUUGUUACUAAGCCUCAUGAUGUCACCUGUUAUGAAGGCCAACCCGCUCAUUUUGAUUGCAGAAUUGAACCUAUUGGAGAUGGGUCAAUGAGAGUAGAAUGGUACCACAACAACAGUCCUAUUCAGAUUGGUUCCAGAAUCCAUACAAUCAAUGAUUUUGGAUUUGUUGUCCUAGACAUCGACUGGACCUUCAAGAGGGACUCUGGUACUUACAAAUGUGUCGCCAUUAAUAAAUGCGGAAGUGCUGAAACUACUGUAAAUCUCAUUUGCAAGAGUAAAAAGGAUAUCAUUAUGGACUCUCAACUGCCCAAUGGUAUGUCUAUGGAUAGGUUGAAGGAGCUUGAAGCUAGAAAACAAGAAUCUAAGAGUGAUGUGGAUUCUCCCAUUACAGCUCCUAAAUUCAUCACACAGAUCAAACCAAGAAUGGUUGCUGAAGGAGAGCCUGCCCACUUUGAGUGUAGAGUUGAACCCAAGAAUGACCCCAAACUUCAAGUCAAGUGGUUCCACAAUGGCAAAGAAGUGGAUUUCGGACACAGGUUCAGACUUACUUUUGAGUUUGGAUAUGUUGCUCUUGACAUUUUGUACACCUACCCUGAGGAUGAGGGAGAGUAUGUUUGCAAAGCUAUAAAUGAGCUUGGUGAAGAUAUAACAAAAGCUGAACUAAGAUGCAAAGAGCUUCCUGCAAUCCAGCUGGAAAAUCAAGUCCCCAAGGGAAUGAAGAACUCUGAGUACAUUGUCCAAAUGGAGGCUGCCAUGAAGAAGUACUCUCAAGAGAUGUUUCUUACAGAGGAGGAUGUUUAUGAUUCUGAGAAGAGACAGCCUCCACGCUUUGUUACUCAGAUUCAGAGUGUGACAAGCCUGGAGGAAAUGCACGCUACCAAGUUUGAAUGCCAGCUUGCUCCAGUAGGAGAUCCUAACAUGAAGGUGGAAUGGUUCUUCAACGGAAAACCUCUCUCAUUCAAAACCAGAUUCACUCCAAUCUAUGAUUUUGGCUAUGUUGCCAUGAACUUUGGCUGGGUUUAUCCUGAAGAUUCUGGAGAGUAUAUUUGCAGAGCAACAAAUCUCUACGGAUCAGAUGAGACAAGAGCUAUCAUCAAGUGCUCUGGUAAGACUGGUAUCAUCUAUGAGUCCCAACUGCCCAAGGGAAUGAUGUCUAUUGAGAAAAUCCGUGAGAUGGAAUCAGGAUGGCAGCGUGCUCCUGAGCUUAUUGAACAAGAGACGGAGAAGUUUAAACCUUGUUUCGUGACUAAACCUGAAGCUGUUACAACUACAGAGGGGGGUAGUGCAAGGUUCUGUUGCAGGGUCACUGGGUAUCCUAAACCGAGAGUCAUGUGGCUUAUCAAUGGCCACACUGUUAUCAAUGGUAGCCGCCAUAAGCUGAUCUAUGAUGGUAUGUGGCACCUUGACAUCCCUAAGUGUCAGGAGAGAGAUCAUGGAAAGAUCGAAGUGAUCGCUAGAAACCAGUGCGGGGAGGCCUACUCCACCACCACCCUCACCGUCAAGCGGCGGAAGGAUGACUACAGAUCAGUGUUAAAGCACAACGUCAAACGGGACUAUAUAAACAGCAAGGAGUACAGGAAACCUGAUUGGUUAAUCAAGAUGGAGGAAAUCAAGGAGAGAUUGGCAGCAACUGAGCAAGCUCCUAAGUUUGUUCGUGAGAUCAAGGAGUCUAGAAUAAAGGAGGGGAUGAGGUGUAGGUUUGAGGCAGUAUUCGCUGGAAACCCUAAACCUGAGAUAACCUGGUACUACAAGGGGGUCCAACUACAGGAGACUGAUAAUAUUCAGAUCAAGGUACACGAUGAUACAACUAGUUUAACUCUAUUGAACUGUACAAUGGAGAUGGCAGGUCACUACGAGUGCAAGGCUAUCAGUGAUCUGGGACAAGAUAAAACUAAAGCAAGCUUAACAGUAAACAAGGCAACAGCUGAGGAGAAAGAAAAAAUUGCUCUGGUAAAACAAGCUCCGCUGAUAACAGAGAAGAAGGUGGAGAAGAAGGAAGAGAAAAAGGUCGUGAAGAAGGUGGAGGAAAAAAAGGAGCAGAAGAUCUACGACUGGAAGAAGUCUGUGAAGAAGGUUGAUAAGAAGGAGGUGGUGGAGGAGCCUAAACAGGAGAAGGUUCAACUAAAGAAACCUAAAGUGGUGGAUAAACCUAAGGAGGAGCCUAAACCUGAAAUCCAGUUGAAACCUACUCCUGGAAAACCUGAAAAGGAACCUGACACCAAGGAUGAGAUUAAACUGAAACCUGUCCUCCCGAAGCAGAAACCUGACGAGGAAACCAAGCCUAAAUUAGCUCUUAGUAAACAAACAUUGAAAAAAGAAACAGAUUUUAAAACUGCCGACCAAGAGCAUUACUUUAUUGAGCCAGUUAGGCCUAAUAAAGAGGAGACAAAAAGUACUGGUGAUCAGGAGCUGAAGUCUCAAGAUGAUGUUAAGGAUCAAAUAGAAAAAUCAGAUCAAGUAGAUAAUGCAUCCUCAUCAGAACUUGUGGAAGAGCAAACUGAGUCAGAUUCUGAUCACAAAAUCAACGAGAAGAGGAAAAAACAAUCCAAGGCCAUAGAAAAAUCUUCUUGGUCUGAGCCAACUGAUAAAGCUGCUGAUGUGAUAACUCCUGAUGUUACAGAUAAUGUCAUUAAUACAUCUGAAGAGGAGAAAGAUGAAAAGGUGACCAAAUCUGUGAGAUUUGAAGAAGUUUCUGGAGUUAAAAAUGUUCAUGUUACUAAGCUAGCAUCUGGAGAGGUCAGUGAAUCAAAAGCUGAGACUAAAAAUAUCCCCGUAUCUAAGCCAAAGACUAAAGAAGUCCCUGUUUCUAAGUCUGGCAAUAAGGACGUUCCUGUUUCUAAGCCAGAGACUAAGGAAGUCCCUGUUUCUGAGCCAGAGACUAAUAAAGUCCUUGUUUCUAAGCCAGAGGCCAUGGAAGUCCCUGUUUCUAGGACAGAGACUAAGGAAGUCCCUGUUUCUGAGCCACAGACUAAGGAAGUCCUUGUUUCUAAGCCAGAGACUGAGAAAGUCCCUGUUUCCAAGCCUAAGGCUAAGGAAGUUCCUGUUUCUAAACCAGAUACUAAGGAAGUUCCUGUUUCUAAGCCAGAGACUAAGGAAGUCCUUGUUUCUAAGCCAGAGACUAAGAAAGUCCCUGUUUCUAAGCUAGAGACUAAGGAAGUACUUGUUUCUAAGCCAGAGACUAAGGAAGUCCCUGUUUCUAAGCCAGAGACCAAGGAAGUCCCUGUUUUUAAUUCAGAGACUAAAGAAGUCCCUGUUUCUAAGCCUAAGGAUAAUGAAGUUCCUGUUUCUACGCCUAUGGCUAAGGAAGUUCCUGUAUCUAAGCCAGAGACAAAGGAAGUUCAUGCUUCUAAGUCAGAGACUAACCAGACUAAGGAAGUUUCUGUUACUGAGCCUGAGACUAAAGAAGUCCCCGUUUUGAAGCCUGAGACUAAAAGAAUUAAAAAGACCAUAAACAUGCAAAAACAAAUUAUUGAGACUGAGCCGGAAACUAGCUCUGAAGAUAAACCAGAGAUAAGUUCUAAAACUGCAAAAAAGCUUGAGACGAAAAAAGACACUGAAGUAAUUGUACAACAAGAAACCAAACCAAUUAUUGAAGUAAAACCGGAUGCUAACCUAACCACUGAACAUAAGGAAGAUUCCAAAACAAGAACAGAACUAACGGAAGAAGACAAAUCAGUUAAUGCACCAAAGAAAGUGGCUAAACCAGCUACUAUUCCAAAGGAAGUGGCUAAACCUGUCACUGCUUCCAAGGAAGUGGCUAAACCUGUCACUGCUUCUAAGGAAGUGGCUAAACCAGUUAUGGCACCGGAAGAAGUGGCUAGACCAGUCACUGCAACAAAGGAAAUGGCUAAACCAGUCACUGCACUGGAAGAAGUGGCUAAACCAGUAACUGCAUCAAAUGAAGUUACUAAGCAAGCUAAAUCCGUCAUUGUUUCCAAGGAAGUGGCUAAACCAGUUAUGACACCAGAAGAAGUGGCUAAACCAGUCACUGAUCCAAGGGAAGUGACUAAACCAGUCACCACAUCAAAGGAAGCUGCUAAACCAGAUGCUACACCAACGGAAUUGGCUAAAGUAGUUUCCAAAGAAGUUGCUAAACCAGUUAUGACACCAGAAGAAGUGGCUAAACCAGUCAUUGCACCAAAGGAAGUGGCUAAGGAAACUACUGCACCAAAGAAAGUGGCUAAAGCGGUUACUGUAGUAAAAGAAGUGGCCAAAUCAGAGGCUGCUAUUGAGCAGGAGAAUAGAUCCAUUUUGGUAAGCAAAGAAGAAGCAAACACAGUAGAGGAGACUGAGCCAUCAAGACAAACUGAGCUUGAAGAAGAUAACCAAGAUUUGGAGACACAGAACGAUGCUGGGGAAAAACCAACUGAGCCAGAAAAAGAACUUCUAAGAAGUGUGAGUUCUGAGGAAAAGAACAUAACAACAUCAAAUAAAAAAAUUCAAAGAAGAAUUUCUUUUGAGAAAAAUGAAGCAACUAGACAGAAAGAUGAUGCAGAUUCUGCUAGUGAAAUUGUGUUUAAAAAACCUUCCCAGACUGACAAACUUCAACCUAAAGAUAACUUUGAAACUGAUGAUCAGGAUCAACCUGUAGAAGCAGCUCAUGAGGAAACUACCAACACUGAAACCAAAGAAAUGAAGACUAAACUUAUAAAGAAAAAGAAGAAGAAAACCAAAGUGGCUCCAGAGAAUGAUGCUAUCAACUUCCAAGAGCUUGGUAUUGACGACCAACAGUCCAAUGCUUCUGUAAGCGAAAGUAGUGCUGGCAUUGUUGAAGAAGUAUUGUCACCUGAGACCAAUGUUAAGAUCAAAGCAUUUACUUUCAACAAACCAUCUGAGCUGAAGCAAACUGACACAAUUAUUGAGAUACUUGAAAUGGAGGAUGAAUCUGAAACAAUACCAUCCAUGCCUGUACCUUUGGGAAAUGCAACCUUGAGACCAGUGGUUCUGGAAGACAAAGUCAAAACAUCAAAUGAUAGUGAGAAGGUAUCUUUGAAACCAGUUAGAACCAGACAAAAGGUAGCUGAGGAUACUACCACCAUGGAAGUAGUUUCUUUGAAAGCUGUACAGAAACACAAAACUGUUGAAAGCCAGGAUAAGCUUACACAAUCUAAACAUAAAGAAACACCAGAGCCAACUGCCGAGGUUAAAAAAGAUGCACCUAGAAAAGCAGCGCCUACAGAAAGCAUCAAUGAUGCUAACAUUAAAAAAAUAAAAAAGAAGGAGGUUGAACAAAAGGAAACCUUGUCUAAACUUGACAAAACUCAGAGAUUAAAAGACAGCUCUGAGCCCUUAAAGUCAAGUAAUUCCCAGGAGACCAAUCUUGAUCUAAUGGUCGAAUCAGAUGCUAAAGUAAGCGUCAAUAAGUUAUCUAUAAAACUUGUAAAAGAAAAGAAGUCCAACAAAGAUACUUCAAUUAAAGAUGAACAACCUCAAUUGAAAGCUGAUACAAUUGUUACUGAAAGCAUUGAAUCACCAGAUUCAGAACACAUCUCUUUUCAAGCAGAACCUAACCCUCAGAGCAGGAAAGAUGAAACUAAGAAACUUGCAGAAAAAAAAUUAAACAAAAUAAAACAAUCAACUGCUGGACUGAACAAAGUAGAUAAUGAACACAUAAUGAAUCUAGGUGAGCAACUGAGGACAAAGGAUGAAUCUAAAAUGGCAGAGGAUGAACAUGAAAGAUUAGUAGAGAAGAAAGAAAAUAUAAGCAAGAGCAAUUUGAAAGAAGAACUUACCAAGUUACAAAAUGAUAAUGUACUAAUGCUUCCAAAAGAUGUAAAAUCACAAACCCAACUUGUAAAAAAGGAGGUUAUACAUAAAGAACAAGAAACUGCCCGAUUAACAUUAAAUAAAAAACAAAUGUUAGUGAAAGUAAAUGAACAACCUGUAAAAGAAAAUGAUGUGGAAGACAAAAAGUCCAUAAAGAAAAAUGAAAAUGAAGCCUCAGAAGAAAUUGGAUUUGCCAAAAAACAUGUUACUUUUAGUGCAGAUUCAUUUAUUGACCAGAAUACAACUUUACCGAAGAAAAAGAACAUCAUUAAUAAAGAUGUUAAGGAUGAAAUAGAUCUCUCUGUCAAGCCUAGUUCUGGAACAAGUACAGUCAAGGAAAUAACUCAUCAAGAAACAACUAGCAGAGGUUCCAAGCUUGUCAAAAAGAAGAAAAAGAAAUCCAAAGAAUCAAUUAAUGAUGAAAUUUUAAAAUUUCAAGAUUUUACACCGGAAGAAAUUACUGUAGAAAACUCAAAAUCAAAACAUGAGCUGGAAACAGUCAAAGAUAGAAUUAAAACUGGUGAUGUAGAGAGGGCAUUUUUAUUUCUCACUAAAGAAGUAUGGAAAACCGAUGAAACCGAAAAUCUACAAAAUAUCAUCAUACCCAAACCCCAUAUUGAUGCUGCAACUGCUGUUAUAGCAGUUUCAGCAAUAAAGCUGAGCCCUGUACAAACAAACCUUGAAAUAUUUGAAAAUGUAGCAAUCAGGCAUGGAGAAUCUGAGUUUAAAAAUAUAAGAAUGAAAGCCCUGGAAAUAUUGAGCAAAGAAAGCUUGUCCUUGAACAAGAGUGUUGUUGAUAUUCUGGAGCAGACUAAAAAUGAAUAUGGUGCAGAAGGAAUUAUUGAUCAGUUUGCUGUACUGUGCGAUCAAGCAUUGAUUAGGCAAAAGGUUGAUGCCACUGAAAGUAUAGUAAACAAUGAUCUUAAUGAGCAAACUAAAGCUGGUAUUCUAGGACUAACUGAACAAAUUCUGAACUCAGGAAAUAUUGAAGACAUUAUCACAGAUUAUGAUCUUGGAGUUCUUCCUGAUAGUGGAGAUAUUUAUCAACAGAUGGCCUUGAUAAAGCUGACUGAAACAUUGCUUGGACACACUCUUGUGGAAGCUCCAACUAUUUUGGAAGUUGCAAAAAAUGGAAGAUUUUUAAGUCUUGGACUCAGACUUUAUGCCAACCAUAUACUAGCAAAUCAUCUUCAAAUUGAGGAAGUUCAGUCAGCAUUGCAAUCUACAAAUUUCAAGUCAACAGAGCUUAUCAGUAUUUUUCAAAAAUGUUUAAAAAUACUGAAUGAUGAAAAUAGAAAAACAACAACUUUAGAUGAAGUGGUUACGUGUGAAGUUUUCAACAAUGAAUCAACAAGAGAAAAAGUUAUGAAAAAAAUCAGAGAAAAAAAGAUGAUAAAUGUUCACUACACAAAUGUCCUAGAAACUAUUUUGACAGAUGAAAUGAAAUCUCAAGAUGUUAACAAUGCAGCACUUACAUGUUGUCUUCACAGAUUAAACAAUUCUUACCUAGUGGAGCAAAAUCAACUUUUAGAAAAAGAAGAAACAAAUGCUUCACUAACUGAUCUAAGGCAUGGAAAGCAAAUUCUCUCAGAUUUACUUCCUUGCAAUAUUGAAGUUAUAUCAAGCCUCUUCUUGCCAUCAGAUUUUAUACCAAACAGUCGAAGAACUGAAUAUGUACUUUCUUUGAAAAUUCCCAUGGAUAACUUUGUUAUUGAUGUCUCUGAAAAUGUGUCAGUAGCAAAUUCUAUUUUGGGAAAGGUAAAAAAGGCACUGCUAGUGAUAGAGAAUGCUGCAGCAAAUAUAAGCUCAAAAAGUGUUGAGACCAUUUAUGAUGCUCUUAAAGCAAAAAUAAGUUCAGAUGAAGAGACACAAAUGGGUUUGUUGAAGAUCACAAACUCCCUGUUUCCUCUCUCAGUUCUUCAUCAUGUUAUCCCUGAAAGUCUGACUGGACAGGAUACUUUUAUUGCAAAUAUUGGAACCUCUGUGAUGGCAAGUCUUAUAGAAAAGGAUCAUCUUGUUGUACACAGCUUAAUUCAUGAGCUGUCAGCUGAAAACUUUAGCAUAGAAAACAUAAAUAGACAAAAGGUGAUGGUAGAACUUCUAUCAGAAAAUCUUAAAACCAGUCUUCUGAAGUUUGAAAUGCCCACUCUAAAAAACUAUGUGGCCAUAGAGGUUGGUAUGAAAGCUGUGAAAAAUAUUGCAAUCUGCAAGAGAUAUGGAUCUACAGUAGAAAAAGUAUUUGAUUAUUUAUCCAGCCGGUCAGUUUGUACGUUUGAUGACAUUACAGUAAAGAUGCCUCUGCUGACAGUGGCAAGAAGGAUUUCAAAUCCAGUUUUAGUAAAUACUAUUUUGGCUGAAGAAGUCAAUAAAAGCAUGAACAUUAUUCCUUUCCUGGGAUUCAAAGUUCUACUAGCUGUAAUAGAGAAAUUACCAUAUGAAGUCAAAAAUAUUGAAGAUUAUAUUUUCCCAUCCGAUUUACUGCAAGAGAACAUCAACAAGGAGAGAUCAGCUGUCUCAAAUUGUAUACAAGUGGUAUCUCAAGUUGAAAACUUACAAGAACUGGUUAAACUUUCUAAUAAGGAAUGUUUAAACUAUCAGAAUGACCUGAAGAAUGCUGUUGUUGAAGUUGUUCUUAAAUUACAGCUUCCAUUAACUAUGCAAAGCAAAAAUAUUUAUGAUGAAAGUAUGAAGCAUGAUAUUUUUAAUAAUGUUCAAGGACAAUCUUGUCUUUACUCCCUAGCUGAGAAACUGUCUAGUGGAUUAGUUGUGAAACAAAUCAUAACCACAGAAUCUUUAAAAGAAAGUAGAGUACCAAAAAAUCCAGGAUUUAUUGCUCUAGCCAAAGUUUUGGAGAAGGUUCAUGUCAAUCAAAAAGAUAUACAAACAGUGCUAGAGGCUGAACUCUUUGAUUCAGAUACUGUCAAGAAAUACUUGAGCAUGUGUCAAUCAACCGCAAGAAUAGUAAAAACAUCCCAGGAGAAUGGAUUCUUGAUCAAUCUACCACCAUGCAGCAAGAUAGAAACAGAGAUAGCUUUACGGGGACUUCUCCUUAAAGCUAAUGAUGCACCCACCCAAGAAUUUCAAAACUUGCUGUCAUCUUGUGGUCUGUUGUCUGUUAAUAAUGAACAGUUGCAGGUUGCACUCCUGUCUUUGUCAGAAAAACUAGGCAGUGCAGCUUCAACUUUUGAUACAAUUGUUCAAGAAAUCACAACAAAACAAGACAGUUGGAUUUCUAAUAUUGGCAUUACAGCUUUUUUAGACACUGCUAAAAAUCAUGCAAUUGAUGUAGAGACACAAAUUGCUUUGACUAGUUUGUCCUGUAUGUUUGAUCCCAAUUGUUAUGCUGAAAAGCUGUCUCUGUGUUUGAAUAUAGCAGAAACAGUCUCCCAUAAGGAUGAGAAGGAAGUUGCUUGUAUGAAAAACUAUCUUUCCUCUAAGUCAGAUCAGGCUGCCCAGGAAUUACAUACAGACGGUUCAAUUCUCAAUCAAAUCACCGUUGUUGAACCAAUUGAAGUAACAUCUCAAAUUGAUAUGUGGAAGAAUGAAGAACAUUUUGUUAAUACUUCUAAGCAUAUUAAAGCUAGUAGUCAAAAAUACAAUCAAGAGAAACCAAUUGUUGUUGAAAGCACUCAGAAGUUUACUGAUUUCCAAGAUGCUUCUAAAACUAUUCCAAAUUUGGAGUCAACCUCUCACCAUGAAGUAUCCAGUGCUGUAAUAGAUGCCAAUAUCAGCAACAUUAAUAAGUCUGUGAACCCAUCCAUAGAAAAUGUUACUGUUACUCAAGUUCCUCAUAAAGCUUUAGAAGUCAAGAAAAGUGAUACUGGUGAAAUUAUGGGUAAUGCUAAAACAGUAAAAGCAGAUUCUGAACAGGUUCUUUCUGAGAAAAUUCCCUUGUUUUCAGUCAAUAUUGAAAAUGUCCUAGCCAUGGAAUCACUGAGAAAUAACUCCAGCCUUCCAAACUCAGGUACUCAACAAAUGAAUAAUGAGAAAAGUGCUGAAGUGUUCAUUGACAAAAGGCAAUCUUCAUUACUUUUUGUAACUGAGACAGUAAGUGAAACAAGUGCAUCAGAAAUCAGAGAUUCCAAUCCAGACUCUGAUUUGGCAAAACUUCAGUUGGAGGAAUUAAAGCCUCUGCUUAAAACCAUAUCUCUUGCAAUUGAAAAAGAUAAAAAUCUAGAAGACAUUAACUUAAUUACACCUGAACAAUCAACCACUCUUCUUGACAGCAAGAGUGUCUUAACUCAUGAAAUGUCUAUAACAGAUGAAGGAUCAUCAGAUUAUACUAUUACAAUUCCUAAGACAGAUGUUGCCAAACCCAUGAUCAAAACUCAAGAAGCUAUUUCUGAAAGUUCUUCUCAAUCAAGUGGGCUGAUAAAAAAUAUGCACCCUAAUAAACAAAUGAUUUCCACUGGUGUCCCACUUCUGGAGCAAUGUUCUUCAAUAGUUAAAGAAACAACUGAUAUUUUUGGGAAAGAAACAAAAAUUAAGCCUUUGGAAAAUCCGGAAACAGGAACAAUAACAAUAGAAAAAGGUAAAGCAAUUUCCUCCAAGGUUGAUAAAGUCAGACCUCUUCAACCUCAAUAUGAACCCUCUGGAGUUGUAAAACAAAAACAUGAUAAAGAUCAACUGGAAAGAGUGGGGAAAAAUCAAAAGGAGAAGAAAAUGCCAGGAUUUGUUCCUAAAGCUGCUGAUUUGUCAGAAAAAGAAUUAGAUGGUAAAGUAGUAGAAACAGAACAUGCUACACAUUUUGAUACAAAUGAGGACAAGGAACAGCAAGCACUUUUCAAGAAACAUCAAAGUCAGCAUUAUGUGAUCUCCAGCCACCCCCUUCAGGAAGAUAGUCAUGAGACAACAUUUCAAGCAGAAAAAUCUUUGAACGCAAUAAAAAAUCUUGUUGAUGAGCUAAACAUUGGAAAAACUGUUCAGGAAAUAGUCUCUAAUACCAAUCCUGAAGAAAUGGAGGACUUGCAAUGCAUUGAAGCACAAAUGGCCAUAAUGUCGGUUGUGGAGAAGCUUGGACGUGAAAAUAUCACCAAAGAUCUUGUUCUCGAACAGCUAAAAUCUGAAAGGAUGGGACUGAUGAACACUAUAGGAUCUAAAGCUAUGGUAGGACUCUUAGAACAAACUGCACUAUCUGCUGAUCAAGUUUUAGAAGUAUUUAAUGCGGAAGAUUUCAAACUAGAAAAUGUUCAAGAAAAAGUUGCUGAAAUAUUGAACCUUGCUCUGCAGGUCAACAUGGCCCAGGAAACAAAGAAGGUAUCAAUUCAAAAUGUUGAAGGCCCAAUGAAAGCAAUUGCUGACAUAAGGUUAAGAAUUGAACAUGGAGCCUCUGUCAAGGAAGUGAAUGCUGCUUAUGAAUCUCAUCAGUUCCCUGAACUGGAGAAGGUAGAAGCCCAAAUGGCCAUGAUCAAGGUAGUGGAGAAGGUUGGACAUUCUGCUAUUGUUCAGGAAGUCCUUUCUCAAGAGUGCACUGGAAAAGAUGAAGUUGAUCUACAGAAUGUAGGAUUUAAGGCAUUGAUAUCAACUCUUGCCAAAGAAAGCUUUAGGGUUGAUGAAAUCAUCACUCAAUUCCAUGAAGAUGACUUUGAAGAAGAAGCUGUUCAGGCUCGCCUUGCUCAACUUGUAACAGAGGCUCAAAACCUGGAUGUGGCUCAAUCAACAGAACAAGUUGCUCUGUCUACCGCUGAUCAGGUCACUGUCCAUCAGGAAACUGAAAUGUUCCAACAGAGAAAAGUCAGUUUUAUGCAGCAAGAAGUUGUUGUGAAAACUGAAAAUUCUAACAUGAUGUCAGCAUCUAUCCAGAGACAGGAGACUCAGGUUCAAGAGUUAUCAGAGUCCCAAGCUUCCCUAGAAACAGUUCAAGCCUUUGAAGUUAAAGAGGGAGAUGCUUUCUAUGCUCUGGCAACCUUUGUGUCAGAAACUGGGGAAGCCAUGAACCUGGUUGAAGGAGAAAGAGUCUAUGUUCUGGAAUGGAAUAAUGCUGAUUGGUGGUACGUAAGGAAGCAUCUUACUGAAGAAACGGGAUGGGUUCCAGCUCAGUAUCUGAAGGAUGAAGAAACCUACACUAUGUAUGUUCAGAGAAAAUUGGUAGAGAAAAUUGAAAAGCUUCCAGUGUUUGAAAAACCCAAAGGAAAUGAGCAAGCAUUUGCUCCAAAGAUAACAGAGAAAGUCAAGUCUCAAAGAUCUCCAGACGGAGCUCAAGUAGAAUUUGUCUGUAAAGUUGAGGGACAUCCAAGGCCACAGAUAACCUGGUUUAGGCAAACUGCAAUCAUCAAGCCAUCUCCAGACUUCCAAAUCUACUAUGAUGACAACAAUAUGGCAACCUUAGUUAUCAAAGAGGUAUUCCCUGAGGAUGCUGGUACUUUCACCUGUGUAGCUAAGAACUGUGUUGGUUUUGCAUCAUCCUCUGCUGAACUUAUUGUAGAACACCCGUUGUCUGAUCAUGGAACUGAGAAGCAUGACAGAAGAAGUUUAUCCAGAGAAUCCUCUCUGGCAGAUAUUGUUGAAGGAAUUCCUCCAACCUUUGCUCAGAGGCCUCAAACUAAAACUGCUGAUGCAGGAACCAAUGUUGAACUUGAGUGCAGAUUUGUUGCUAUUCCAGAAGCUGAGGUGAAGUGGUAUUACAACAAGGUUGAAAUUAAAAACACUGAAAGAAUCUCCAUUCAAUACCAAGCUGAUAUGCAUAUGUACUGCAGCUUCCUCAAGAUUAGCAAGGUUUCUAAGUCUGAUGAAGGAACUUAUGAGGUCAUUGCCAAAAAUAGAGAGGGCGAGGCAACCAAUACAUUACAGCUUAAUGUCAAUUCUUCUGAGGCUAAGCAAGAAGUGGUUGCUAAGAAGGCAGAAGCUCCUGUUAUUGUGAAAGCUUUGACUCCUACAGUGUGUAAAGUUGGAGACACAGUCAAGAUGGAAACGGUCAUUACUGGUAGUCCAAAGCCCAAACUGAAAUGGUAUCAUAACAACAAGCAUUUCAAGAUCAGCAAGAAUGUCAGUAUCAAAGAGAGUGAUAAUGUCUACUGCCUUAUCAUUAAUAAGGCCGAGAUGAAGCAUGAUGGAGACUACAUUGUUAGGGCGGAGAAUGAAGCAGGAAGUGCUCAGACUAGUGCAAACCUUUGUGUUCAAGGAGAGGUUGUAGAGUUCUUGAAUACACUCAAUGAUAAGGAAGUUAAAGAGAAGGAGACUGUUAAACUUGAAGUAGAAGUUAGCUCUGACAGCACUGAUGUAAAAUGGCACAAGAAUGGAGAAGUACUUACUGAACAAGACACCUCAACCUACAAAAUUGAGCGCAUUGGUAAGAAGCACUCUCUUAUUAUCCAGAAGGCAAGUGUUCAUGAUGAAGGUGAAUAUGUUGCCACUGUUGGUGAUCAAGAAUGCUCUUGUGAAGUUUCAGUUGUAGAACUUCCACCAGAGUUCACAAAGAAAAUAUCUGAGCUUAAAGUAACUUGCGGAGAAAAGGCAGUAUUUGAAAUUGAAAUCAGCAAAGGAGAUGCUAAAACCAGAUGGUUUAAAGAUGGAGCAGAGAUCGAAUUCAAUGAACACAUUCAACUUAUCAUUGAUGGAAAGAAACAGCGCCUGGAAAUAUACAAUGUUGAGAUCAUUGAUGCUGGUCAAAUCUCUUGCUCUUUGGGAGACACUGAAUGCUCAGGCAAACUUGAAGUAGAGGAACCAAAGGUUAACUUUGUUGCCAAACUACCAAGUGCCACAACUGGAACUUUUGGACAAGAUGUCAAGAUCACUGUUCAGCUUACCAGCUCUGUUUGUAACGUAAAAUGGCUUAAGGAUGGUAAUGUAAUCACCGAUGAAGGAAAAUUCUCAUUUGUAACUGAAGGAGAAACCAGAACAAUCAUAAUCAAGAAUGCUACAUUGGACGAUGUUGCUGAGUAUACUUGUGUUGCUGAGAAUGUUAGAACUAGCACUGAGCUUGAACUGGAAGGUCAGGAGGAGAGGAUUGAGUUCAAAUCUUCUGAGAUUAAGACAGAUAUAACAAUCAAGAAGGGUGAAGAAGUUACAUUUGUUCUGCCCUUCUCAAACACUAUGGCUAAGAAACCAAGCAUGCAGUGGUUUUACAAUAGGACUGAAAUGAAGUCAUCAGAAAGGAUUUUGAUCAGCAUUACUAAGAAGUUUGCCUCCUUAACAGUGAGACAAGUAGAAAACAUGGACUGUGGAACAUAUUCUUGCAAACUUAGCAACUCCAUCUCCCAAGUUUCUGUUGACUUUAUGCUUACUGUGAAAGAUAAACCUUCUUCCCCACGUGGACCAGCUGGAGUAGAAUGGAAAACCCAAGAUACUCUUCAACUAACCUGGCUCAUCCCGGAGAAUGACGGAGGAGCAAAAGUUGAUGAGUAUAUAGUUGAAAGGAAGGAGGUUGGUAAGAAGUCCUGGAAGCAGGUUGCUACAUCCAGUCAUACCACCAUUGAAAUCCGGGGACUCAAAAAAGACUCUUCAUACAACUUCAGGGUGAUUGCAAAGAACUCAGUUGGCUGCAGUGAACCCUUCAUCAUUGAAGAGACCUUUACAGCAGCUAAAGCAGAUAUUCCUAAAAGUUUACCUGGAAUGCCUACUGUAAGUGUAAAGGAUGUAACCAGCCGUUCUGCAACAUUAACCUGGUCUCCUCCAUCCGAUCUUGGUGGAGUACAUCUUAUCGGGUACAUCAUAGAGAAGAGAAUAUCAACCUCGGAGAGCUGGGAACGAGUAGAGACUGUGGAGUCUUCUUGCAGGAUCUUCACUGUUCAGAACCUGAAGGAGAAGAGCGAAUAUUAUUUCAGAGUAUCUGCUGAGAAUGAGGUUGGAGCAGGUGAAGCUCAUAUGACAGAGAAGGUUGUCCUCAAGACCCAUGCUGGGGUUCCUUCUCCUCCCACUGCUCCUCUUGAGAUAACUCCUGUUGGACCUCAUGCUCUUACAGUUGAAUGGGGCGCACCGGAGUCUGAUGGUGGAGCACCCCUUGAAGGAUACAAAAUUGCUGUUCGUGAUGCACGUAGACAGAUGUGGAUGGAAGUUGGUCGUGUUACAGCUGAUGUUCAGAAGCUGAAGGUACAAGACUUGGCAGAAGGACAUGAAUACUUUGUCAGGAUCUUUGCCAAGAAUGAAGUUGGAUUCAGUGAUCCUCUGGAGAAUGAAGAACCAUUCAAAGUUGUCAGACCUCCAGACUACACUGAAGAACCUGAAAAUGAAAGAUCCCGUCGGGAUGAGACCCCAUCCCUCUCCUUCUCCAAUACUGAGACAUUAUCCUCCUGGAUGAGAGAGUCUCACAUGGAUGCAGAUAUCCAGUGUUAUACCAAAACAUCUGUUUUAAGAAGAGAUGAAUACUUCUUCAGAUUAUGGUAUUAUGCCAGCAAGCUGUUUAAGUAGAUAUAUAUAGAUGAUUUGGGAUCUGUGAUACACCCAAUAGAUCGGUACCUCAAUAGCAAUCUGUGUACACAUAUUGCUGCUCCUGGAAACCCAGGAGUCAGUUAUAUUAUAUCUUAAUCUA